GCGUCACCAAUCGGCUUCCCUCUUGGAGAGAGUGGACCAAUCAGCGACAGUCUUGAUGAAUAUUCAUGAGUCCGAGAUUCAAACCUUUGAGCGAGUUUGUCUUGGUCCACAGCAUCAUUCCUAGGACUUUUCACAGGCACAAACUACAUUUUCUUAUGAAUGGAAAGAGAAAAAAUCUGUUCGGCUUAAAUUGGGAUCCAUCCUUCACUGAGAUCAUAGAAGGAAAACAACAAAAGCAAGACAAGAGGAACCGCCAGAAGAGAUGACAAUGACUACGAUUCCAGAAAGUCUUAAUAGCCCUGCCUCAGGAAAAACCGUUUUCAUGGAGUUUGGACCCCCGAGUCAACAAAUGUCGCCUUCUUCCAUGUCUCACGGACACUAUCCCAUGCACUGUUUACAUUCUGCAGGUCACACACAGCACGACAGCUACAGUCCAGCCUCGUCGUUUCCCAGAUCCUUGGGUUAUCCAUACGUAAACUCCGUCGGCAGCCAUUCCACCAGUCCAUAUCUCAGCACAGUACAGACUUACCAAAACAGCUCGGGACUCACGCAGACACGAUUAGAGGAUGCAGCGCCAGAAACAGAGAAAAACACAGUGGUCGAAGGCGGAGAGGUGCGCUUCAACGGCAAGGGGAAAAAGAUUAGAAAACCAAGGACUAUAUAUUCGAGUUUACAACUUCAAGCUCUAAACAGGAGAUUUCAACAAACUCAAUAUUUGGCGCUACCGGAGAGAGCAGAGCUCGCAGCGUCGCUGGGUCUCACUCAGACACAGGUAAAAAUUUGGUUUCAGAAUAAAAGGUCCAAAUUCAAGAAGCUGAUGAAGCAAGGCGGUGGUACAAUCGACAGCAACGCUUUAGCCACCGGCCGUGGACUGUCCAGUGGUUCUCCUUCGGUGGCACCGGUCUGGAGCUCGCCGACUACCGUCAAGACUUCAAUGGGCACGACCGGAUCUUACAUUCCCAGCUACACCUCAUGGUACCCAACGACACACCAAGAGUCUAUGCAACAGUCACAGCUCAUGUGAACAGAGAGCUCAGCAUCAGGAUGGUGAAAGGCCCAGCAGCCGCUGAGCGCGGCACAGCAUUGAUAAUGCACAACAAACAACAACAAUCCCGGAGUUUGCUGCGGCAUCCCGCCAGCUGACACAGAGACCUCCUCAUACCGAAGACGGCAAGCAGAGACACAGAAGAAGGAGAGAAGAAGAAGAGGUCUGACAGAGUGAAAAGGCGCACAACGCGCCAAAGGGCAACAAGUCCGUGACCGUCCCUGACAGCGGAAAUCAUAGACAAAAGGAUCCUUUCUUUUUGGCUGCUUUUGGUCACUUUUUUUUUUUUUUUUUUUUUUUAAUGUCGGUUUCAGUUUGUUUUCAAACUCAUAUUUGUGUGAACACUUCUGUUGUUGAGCUGUAGGCUACAUGUUUAUUAGAAAACACUUGUUUGUUUACGCCAGAUGUCGGGCCCAAGGUGAUGAUGGCCUUAAAAUCAAUUUGCAUUCAUUGACAGAAAAAGGCCAGUGAGGCCACAGCAGAGAUUCUUUAACCAAAUAAUUAAUGAUAAAUUUCCAGCGGUAACCAUCAGGCUGCUGUUCAACCACAGAGCGCAGAGCCUCGAGAUGCUACUAUGUUGUUUCUAUGUGUUUGUUAUUUAAGUUAAAUUAUUCGGGCUAGUUUUUCUGUUUAAGGUCAGUCUGUGUUCAGUUUGUAAGCGUGUUUGAAAUAACAACACUGUGUUGUUAAUAAUGCUGCACUAACGCAAGCGAAGCUUUUCUAUGCCGUGCCCCGAUGUUAUGUGAAAAAUGUAAAAGGCCUGACGAUUUGCUGCUUUAGAAAAAAAAAAUGUCCUGAGGGUGAGCAGCUCAUUUGUCACUGUAUUUUGUACAUAAUUUUCAGAUUUUUGUUUGUUUCGUUUUGGUUUGGGUUUUUUGUGCUGUAUACUGGAUACGCUGUGAAACAGGGUUUAGGCUUUGUGUAGCUUACUCGUCGAAAUGUGUUUAGUCAACAUAGGAAAUAUUUAGUUUUGUAUUGAC